CUCCGCCUGAGGGCCCGAGACCUGUUCGCUCCAUCUGGAGGGUCCGGCGCCGGCCGCUUCCGCUCUGAGGGCCCGAGACCCUGUCGCUCCAUCUGGGGGUCCGGCGCUGCCGCUCCCGCCCGGGGGCCCGAGGCCUGUCGCCCCGCCCGGGGGCCCGAGGCCUGUGCCCCGCCCGGGAGCCCCGGUGCCCGGGGGCCCGGUGCCUGUCGCCCCGCCCGGGGGCCCGGUGCCUGUCGCCCCGCCCGGGGGCCCGGUUGCCUGUCGCCCGCGCCGGGGGCCACGGUGCCUGCCGCCCGCCUGCCCGAUGUGCCUCUGCCCGGAGUCCUGCCCGAUGUG